AUGUGUAGAUGCUGGUUGCUUACAAUCUUCCCGGGUGUGGCCAUGUUCUGGGCAUUGUCCGUGCGCGGCAAGCUUUGCUUGUUGCCGAUGGAGCGCCUGCUGUUCCUACAGAACGAUGGCUUGAGCUUCAACCUCGACGACGAGAUGUAUGAAGCCGACGACGGCAAGGCCAGCACGGUCGUGGACAGCAAGGCACCGGAGGGUGUGCCGUCCAUGGUGGCGGCGACUGCCAGCGUCUUCUCCAGCGGCGCGUCCGGAGCGGCGUGCACCAGCACGUGGGCUCUUGAGUCUCUGGUGUUUUCUGCAGUGAAGGCUACCUCUACGAUUCUAUAG